UUUUAUAUUUAUUUUACAAUAAAUUAAAAUAGAAUAGUAUAAGAACCAGAAAAAAAAAGAAUAAUCAAACAUAAAUGUUAUUCAGUGAUCGAACGGUUGAAAAAAAGUAGGAAAAAGAAUCAUUUGGAAGCAACUCUUUAUCAGAGCCAGGUUUCGAUCCUGGGACCUGUGGGUUAUGGGCCCACCACGCUUCCGCUGCGCCACUCUGAUUGUUGGUUUAUCGGCUCCCACUAUUUUUACUGGUCUUUGAGUCAGAGAGUUUGAACAAAUCUAAAAUAUGCUCAAGAGUUGGAAUGAGGGUCAUUGCAACAAGAAAAAGGCCGGAAGAGCUCGAGAGAGAAGACAGAAAUGGAAGCCGAAAAGCAAAGUGAGUGGGGUCCAAUAGCAUGGGCUCACCUCAGUUCAGUCCGCAACCAAUCACCGUUAAUCCAGUGCAUCACCAACUUCGUCUCCAUGGAUCUGACAGCCAACACUCUCUUAUCCGCGGGUGCAUCACCCGCCAUGCUCCACUCUUCUAACGAAACCCCAGACUUCACCCCUCAAGUCCACGCGCUUUACAUCAACGUAGGAACACUCUCCGACAACUGGCUACCGGCCAUGAAGCUUGCGGCUGAGAUAGCUUCCAAGUUUAAAAAACCCUGGGUCCUAGACCCUGUCGCCGCUGGUGCUUCCUGUUUUCGGUUAAAGGCGUGUUUGGAUCUUAUCUCCCUUAAACCCACCGUUAUCAGAGGCAACGCCUCCGAAAUCAUCGCCUUGGCCAAUGCUUCCGUGGGGUUCACCAAAGGCGUGGAUAGCUCUCACGACUCAACUGACGCCGUCGAAGCCGCGAAAUCCUUGGCUAAUUCCUGUGGUGCAGUCGUGGCGGUAUCAGGGGCCGUCGAUAUCGUCACCGACGGGAAUCGAGUCGUCGGAGCUCGAAACGGAGUGCCGAUGAUGCAGAAAAUCACGGCCACGGGAUGCGCUGUCACCGCGUUGAUCGCCGCUUUCGUUGCGAUUGAUCCGUUGCAGGCUUUGGAAGCAACCGCUUCCGCGUUGGCCGUGUUCGGCGUGGCCGGUGAGAUAGGGAUGGAGAUGGCGAGAGGUCCGGCCUCGUUGCGGAUGCACUUGAUUGAUUCUCUCCACGGACUUGAUCAAACGGCCGUGAUUUCUCGGGUUAAAAUCACCACCUCGUAAAAAAAAAAACACACAUUU